GCCUCCCUCAUCCAUCAUGACGCGCACCACGCUUCCACCAGCAUACUUCUUCGAGGACCGCACCGGUGCAGUUGAGGACUCAGACUUCGACGAGGUGUACGACCGCAUGUUCCUCCGUACAUCCUCCAAACUUCACCGUACGCAGGGUCCAUCGAUCUCCGUCUUUGAAACGGGACGACGAUCGACAAGCUCCCGCCAUCAAGAGCGUUCGCCCCACGAGCCCUCCUUCAUCAUGGAGUUUGGCACGAAUGGAGCAUUGGGCACAAUUUGGUUCAUGAAAGAACGAACAUCGAUGCCCAUGUAUCGCUAUCUACGGAAGAUUUCUUUAUUCGGAGGCUCGCGAUCUCGCAAGUUCACUGCUUCAGACGGACGCGAGUACCGCUGGGGUUACGGCAUGGAGGCAGAUCAAGAGUGGACUUGCGUCAACGUCGACGACGAAGUCGUAGCCCAGUAUUCCCUAAAGCACCCUAAUCGACCAGCCUACAGCACUUCUGGAAACGUGUUCACAGUCUACGAAGCCUUCGCGCACCUAUCCACCGAGUUUCUCGCGACGUUGACGAUUAUGCGGCACAUCGCUAAGCACAACUUGUGACUGCCACUCUGACCCCUUCCAAUGCCUCAAAAGCUGCGACGAGUCGAUGGCGCCAUCGUCAUCCUCACUUCCUCAUAUCUUGACUAUUGUUUUCGCAUUCCACCCACAUCACUUUGACUUCUUGUGACUCUGUCUGCUACCACGGACAACUGUACUCCUAUGGGCCGUACGAUUGCGUGUACGAUUGCGUGUGUACUUUUAGCAAUGGAAAUUGACUGUGUACCAGUAUGCUAACUAUCAUAGUGAACCCCUAAUGUUGACGACCGCACUGUAGUCCGUACUGUACUCUUGGGCCCGUUUCUCGAUAUUGGUUCCGAACGGAUGUAUAUCUUCGUAGUUGAUACAAGUAGCACGAAGCGGAACCAAAUACCCUUCCC